CACUAAUGACCUUACAUCAUCAUGACGACCAACCUGAAUCUCUCUCAGCAGAAAGUGGACUCUGAGCACGAGGCAGAGGUGUCAUCCUCUCCUUCAGACUCAGUGAUGAGUGAGUCUCCACAGCGCUUUCAGGUCAUCUCCGCUGAGCCAGCCACAACGCCACAACGAAUACAGAUUGUAACCGACCAGCAGACAGGUCAGAAGAUCCAGAUAGUGACAGCGAUGAAGCCGUCCAGUGCUCCCAAACAGCAGUUCAUUCUGACUACGGCUGACAGCUCAGGGGCAGGCAAGGUUAUCCUGGCCUCGCCGGACAGCCACAACACUAAGCAGCUCAUCUUCACUGCUGCAGACAGCCUGAUGCCAGGACGGAUACAGAUCGUCACAGAUCCAGUGUCAAUGGAGCGGUUGUUAGGGCAGUCAGGGGACCUGAGCCGACCGCAGCCAGUGGAGUACUGUUUGGUGUGUGGGGACAAGGCUUCAGGACGUCACUACGGAGCGGUCAGUUGUGAGGGAUGUAAAGGCUUCUUCAAGCGGAGCGUGAGGAAGCACCUGACCUACAGCUGCCGCAGUAAACAGGACUGCGUCAUCAACAAACACCACCGCAAUCGCUGCCAGUUCUGUCGGUUGAAGAAAUGCCUUGACAUGGGGAUGAAGACCGAUUCUGUCCAGAGUGAGAGGAAGCCCAUCGACGUAGUGCCCAGAGAGAAGCAUGCAAACUGUGCAGCCUCCACCCAAAAGAUCUACAUUCGCAAGGACCUAAACAGUCCACUCAUCGCCACGCCAACCUUUAUCUCCGAUACAGAGACAGACGGCUCCAGAUCCAGCCUGCUGGACCAGGGUAUGCUGGUUAAUAUCCAGCAGCCGGUCAUCCAGAGUGAUGGAACAUUGCUGCUGGCCGCUGACUCAAAGAUGGAUCCUGGGCAGGGGGACUUGGGGACACUAGCCAAUGUGGUGACAUCACUGGCCAACCUGAGUGACUCACUAAGAGAGAAUCUAAACAAUGGUGAUACCUCAGACAGCCAACAUGAGGAGCAAUCAGCCAGCGAGAUAACACGUGCCUUUGACACCCUGGCCAAAGUGUUCAACCCACCUGAAGUAGGCAUCGGACAGAGUCUGGCAGAUAAGCCGCAUUGUGUCAGUGGAACAACUAUCCAGCUGAUUGGUCGAGACCAGGAGACCCCCAUUAUUGAGGUGGAAGGACCGCUACUCACAGACAGCCAUGUCGGCUUUAAGCUGACCAUGCCCAGCCCCAUGCCAGAGUAUCUGAAUGUACACUACAUCUGUGAGUCAGCAUCCAGACUUCUCUUCCUCUCCAUGCACUGGGCACGCUCCAUCCCUGCCUUCUCAGCUCUUGGUCAGGAGGCCAACACCAGUUUGGUGCGAGCCUGCUGGAAUGAGCUGUUCACUCUGGGUCUUGCUCAGUGCGCUCAUGAGAUGAACCUGUCGACCAUCCUCGCUGCCAUCAUCAACCACCUUCAGAGCAGCAUCCAGGACGACAAGCUUUCGGGGGAGACGGUGAAGCAGGUGAUGGAGCACAUUUGGAAGUUCCAGGAGUUCUGUAACAGCAUGACGAGGUUGGAGACUGACAGCUACGAAUACGCCUACCUGAAAGCUAUAGUGUUGUUCAGCCCUGAUCACCCCGGUGUGGACAGCAGCGGGCAGAUUGAGAAGUUCCAGGAGAAAGCUUUGAUGGAGCUGCAGGACUACGUGCAGAAAACCUACCCAGAAGACACCUACAGGUUGACCCGUAUCCUGACUCGUCUCCCAGCCCUGCGCCUCAUGAACUCGGGCAUCACAGAGGAGCUCUUCUUCACCGGCUUGAUAGGUAACGUCUCUAUCGACAGCAUCAUUCCCUACAUCCUCAAGAUGGAGACGGCUGAGUAUAACAGCCAGGACUCUGACACUACAGAGUGACACCCCAUCACUCCAGCAACCAGAACUGUCUCCACUUCAGGUACUCUUCGUAGUCUCUCCUGGGGUUUACCGUGGAACCCCGGUCCAAAAUCCUGCAGCGACCCCUUGAUUUUUUUAACGAUGCAUGGUGCAGUCAUUCAGGAAUCCUUGGCAGAUUAAGAUAAUCUUGGAUUGGAAAGCCAGAAUGACACUUGGAAUGUUUUCCGGAGCUGACGCAGUGUGGUAAUCUUGAAUUUUUCUGGCUCUAAACUCAGUCGCUCUGAACUGAAUGGAAAAGGAAUCCUCUGCAGCUGCAACUGUGCUCAACUCCUUUAAUGUCUUUAUGGCACUUCAAGUUGAUUAUAUAUGAACUUUACCUUCUGAACUAAGCCUUUCAACUUGUUUUAGUCUUAUCUAAGCCUUACCAUGCUCUCAUGUUGAUCACAUACAUACUUUAGCAUUAGCUUGCAGAUAACAGAUGAGCUGUAUCAACAAACAGAAAUCUUACAUGUGGAAAAGGAAUUUAACUUAAUUUAAAAGUCCAAAUGCUUAGUUAAUCUGAGUACUUAACUAAAAGUGUACUUUGAAGCUGUAAAGUAUUUGUUUAUGUUGGUAUUUGGGAACAUUGGCGCAGUAACAACUGGUAUUUUAAUGGCCAUGCUGUUAAAUUGAGAAUUCAGGCUUUUACAAAGACUAAGUAAAAGAUGACUAUUCUGAAAAUCCUACAACGAAGAACUGAAACAUGCUUUGUAAUAAUUUUCUCGCUAUUCAGUGUUGAAACUAACACAAAUUCCUCAAAGGUGCGAGACAUUAAUAUACAGUUAUCUACUUUAUAUACAUUUAAAUAAUAGUUGGAAUGAGAACUCCAAUCAGGUACAAAAACAAACUCAAACCUCAAUUAAUUAAUCCUUAAUCUUUAUUCAUAUGGACUGUCUUUCAUAGCAUUUAUCUACCACACAGUGCAUUACAGCAGAGGUUUUCAAAGCAGGAGGUGCGUCUCCCUGGGGGGGGAGUGGCCAAACUGUUUCAAGAGAGGCUCAGUGAAUGGAAAUUAAAACAUAUUACAUUACUUAUCAAAAGAAGAUCACAUAGAAUAGCCUAAAUGUGUGUGAUUUGGUUAAAGAGAUAGUUCAGAGAUACAGUAGUUUUGGGGGGGAGACAAAACGCACAAUAAACAAAGUUAAAGAUGAAUUUGAUUGAUAGCAUAUCUUUGUUCUUCAAAUAUUUUAUUAAUAUCACGAUAUUAUCGUUAUCGUGAAUUAUUUUGGCCACGAUAAUCGUGUUGUGAAAAACUGAUAUCAUGACAUAAUCAUGAUCCCAUAGAGACAUCCAGGGAUUUAGCGAAACUAAGCAAGUAAACUAAACGGGGUUGAGCUUUGUCUGAGGGGAGGCCGACAGUCUCAGACUUUGAAAACCUCUGCAUUAUAACAUGACCAACGUCUGAUUUGAUUCAGUUUCACUUCUAACUCACAUUUGCAAAGUCACGUUAGCCAAACUAGCCAGUUAAACUGACCAUAAGUCUUUUUUUUAUACUGAAUGACCUCUCAGAGAUUUUAGCUUUGGGAGUGUUUUAUGUUUAGGUACACUUAUAUCUGGAUUAUCAUGAAUAUAUCGCUAAUAUAACCUGUGCAAUCACCUCAUCACCUUUCCCUCUACGACAAUCAAUUAUAUGUUAUUUCCUUCUGUCCCAUCAGUCUCAAUCUGCAUUUUGUAUGUGUAUUUAUCAAUGGCAGUUAUUUUCUUUUAAUGAAUUACAUUAUCUUCAAGAUUUUGGGUUCAGAAACGUUACUCAUGUGUAGCUAUGCUACUGUUUUUGUACUUGUGUUUGCAUUUGUACUCUGCUAGGUGCACAUCAAUCAGCUUCUGUGGCGUUCCACUGUGUUUGUUUUUGUAUGUUUUCUAAAAACUUUAAUUUGUUGUGAACAAAUUAGCUUGUUGCAUACUAAGUGUACUUAAAGUACUUUUGGGCAGGUUUCCCUAAUUUAAAAAAAAACAACAAGAUUUUCUGGGAAGCCAGUCUCAAGUGCGUUGAUGUCUUGAAGACCGUACAGAGACGUUCAUCGGCUCACCCACUUGUUUAAUGGUUCAGAAUACGCAUCCACAGCAACAUGAAUGAUAACGGGAAUGUUAAGAAGUCAACAAGGAUUAUGUCUUGUGAAUUAAAUGUCACUUGUAAUAUUUGGGGUUUGAAACCCGUACAGACUGUUUGUAAAGGCACUGUUGUGAAAUGACCUUUGUACAUGUAGUUUCAUUAAAAUGAGUGCAUGUUGUUUUUAAGCCGGGUUUUAUAAUCUUGUCGCUGUCUGCCCUAAUAAGGAGCAUUGUUAUAAAUUUUAUAGUGCAUUGCAGUGCAUGAAGAAGUUGCUUAAGUGCAUUUUAUUAAAUGCUGUAUGAAAAAUGUUAAUUUAAAUGUCGUGGCUUUAAAAUAUUUACCAUGAGCAGCUCCCACAUUAGAGGAUAUUAGGUCAGAUUUUUUUUUUCAGCUUUGUGGAUUGAGUAUCCUAUGGUUCAAAUUUUAUACUAUGUAAAUGUACUUUGUUUUUCAGCUCAUGUAAAAUGUAUUUCUUCAAACAUUGAGAUCGAGAAACAACAUUCAUGUUUUGCUCAAGUUUGUCACAACCCCACAUUUCUACCUCACACUGAUGAAGAUAUAAAACAAAUGUAAUAGAGCUCCUGUAUCAGCAUUCCAGUCUGUGAGGCUGGCCUCUCUGAAGCCACACGCUAUGAAAGAAAUAAACAAUUAAUUAUGAAAUAUGA